AUGAAGAUUUUAAUGAGAGCGGAUACCCAUUACAGCAUACAGUACACCAGUGAAUAUGAAAAACCGAAAUACACUUUCUCACAGGUCCUUGCUGCUGUGGCAGUCUCGAUGGGCUCUAUGAUCAUCGGUUUCUCUUCCGCGUACACAUCUCCAGCCCUUGUGACCAUGAUGAACAGCACUGUCAUUUCAGUCACGGAGGAGGAAGCUAGUUGGAUUGGAAGUUUGAUGCCGUUAGCAGCACUCGCGGGUGGCGUAAUUGGCGGUCCGCUGGUAGACUACAUCGGUCGGCGACGAACCAUUUUGUUUAUCGCACCCCCAUUCUUCCUCGGUUGGAUCCUCAUAGCUACUGCAAGGAUUAUACACUUGGUGCUCACAGGACGUGUUAUUUGCGGUUUGUGCGUCGGUAUCGGAUCACUCGCAUUCCCUGUAUACCUAGGUGAAACCAUCCAACCUGAAGUACGUGGUACGCUUGGCUUGUUUCCCACCGCUAUUGGAAACAUUGGUAUAUUAAUUUGCUACGCAGCUGGAAAAUAUCUAAACUGGUAUGAACUUGCAUAUCUAGGAGCAGCCUUGCCUGUACCGUUUUUCAUAUUAAUGCUAAUGAUCCCAGAAACGCCUCGUUGGUAUAUAUCUCGCGGACGUAAUGAGGAAGCCCGAAAGGCACUACAAUGGCUUCGAGGCAAGAAUGCCAAAAUUGACAAUGAGAUUCGUGACAUAGCCCUUGCGGACGCAGAAAUGGGUAAAGAGGGUAUAAAACUCAGGGAACUUUUCAGUAUUAAAUAUAUGAGGUCGAUCUUAAUUUGCUUAGGAUUAAUGACAUUCCAGCAAUUGUCAGGAAUAAAUGCUGUAAUAUUCUAUACGGUAAAUAUAUUCAAAAUGUCAGGAAGUUCGGUAGACGGUAAUUUGGCUACCAUUAUUGUAGGAAUAGUUAACUUUGUGUCAACGUUUAUUGCCACCGCACUUAUAGAUCGUGCGGGACGCAAAGUGCUGCUUUACAUAUCUUCUGUGACGAUGACUAUAACGUUGGUAGUUCUCGGAACAUUCUUCUACGUACAAACUGACAUGAAAAUAGAUGUAUCUACACUAGGGUGGAUACCGUUGACUUGUAUUAUGGUUUACUUGUUGGGUUUCUCUCUAGCCUUUGGUCCAAUUCCAUGGUUAAUGAUGGGUGAGAUAUUGCCGGCAAAAAUAAGAGGAGGCGCUGCUUCAAUUUGUACUGCAUUUAACUGGCUAUGUACGUUUACGGUAACUAAAACGUUCCACAAUAUUUUGGUCGGCAUAGGACCGGCCGGAACGUUUUGGUUGUUCGGAUGUAUUUGUUUUGUGGGACUUUUCUUCGUUGUCGUGUUUGUUCCCGAAACACGAGGAAAGAGUCUCGAACAGAUUGAAAACAAACUAUCUGGUAGAGGCAGCACGAGGACUCGAAGGAUGAGUUCCAUCGCGAACAUUAAACCAUUACCAAAUGGAUGUUAG